GAUGAUGCCAGGGUCAGAGUCAUUCUGUGAGUGUCCAGCAGGGGGCGGUAGGACACCGCCCGGCCGGCUGGAAACCACCGGGAGUGAGAAACAAAGAACAAGAUGCCACUGCCACAGAAGAAAGAAGAGUCAUGUGACUGAGCAGCUGCGAACAAGAAAGCUGUCCACUCAACUCAGCUCAAACAUGGCUGUUCUGGGCUGGGUGAACACAUGGCUUCCUGCCCAGCUGCUGCUGCUGGGGGCGCUGAGCUGCAUCUCUGAGUCCACAGUGUUCUUGUUUGCUCCAGAGUCUGUCACACUUGAGGAGAACUCUAAAGCCAACGUCACCAUUACCACCAGUUCCCCUGUCAACCAGUCGGCUGUCAUUCGGUUCAACGUGACCUUCAGCUCCAAGACAAACUACUCGUCUGUGAUCAGCGUGCCUGAGCAGGUGUUGCUGCCCGCGCAGACGUCCUCGCUCACCUUCGACGUGACGGCCCACGACGUCGGCCAGGUGACCACGUACCUGCUCAGCAACAGCACGGAGCUGGACAGUCCGUCCGUCAGGAUCCACUUCCUGGUCGUCCAUAGCGACGUUCUGUCGGUGCUCAGUCAGGUGAUUGGCUGGAUUUACUUCCUGGCCUGGUCGGUGUCCUUCUAUCCACAAGCCUGGGAGAACUGGAGGAGGAAAAGUGUUGUAGGUCUCAACUUUGACUUCCUGGCUCUCAACCUAACUGGCUUCAUCGCCUACAGUGUCUUCAACAUAGGACUGUUCUGGGUGCCCUAUAUAAAGGAGGAGUUCCUGAUGAAGAACCCGAAUGGAAUUAACCCGGUCACCGCAAACGAUGUCUUCUUCAGUCUCCAUGCUGUGCUGCUCACCUUGGUCUACAUCUGCCAGGCUGCUGUGUACGAGAGGGGGGAUCAACGGGUGUCCCGCAUAGCCGUGUUCCUGCUGUUGAUUGGCUGGACCUUUGCCCUGGUCAGCUUGUUUCUUGCCGUAGCCAAACAGAUCACCUGGUUGGAUUACCUCUACUAUUUCUCCUACAUUAAACUAGCAGUCACUCUGGUCAAAUACGUGCCGCAGGCCUACAUGAACUACAUGAAACAGAGCACCGAGGGCUGGAGCAUAGGCAACGUGCUGCUGGACUUCACAGGUGGAACCCUCAGUAUCCUGCAGAUGAUCAUACAGUCCUACAACAACGACGAGUGGAGGCUGAUUUUUGGCGAUCCUACAAAGUUUGGUCUGGGUCUGUUCUCCGUGGUGUUCGACGUCCUCUUCAUGGUUCAGCACUACUGCCUGUACAGACAGCGAGCGGAGUACGAGCCUGUCGACUAGCAACAGGAGGACUGAUGCUGGAGGAGGACACACUUUCCAAAGACUCCCAAUCACAAGACUCAGCUCCUCUGAUCGACCAAUCAAUGACUGCUGAGGAGAAGUCACGCUGGUGUCACGAUGAUGACUGGCAGAGGUCUCUGCAGCUUUUACACGUUUACACUGAUUUGUAUCGCCGCCUUCUUUUAUAUAUCUGCAGCAGAACUUGUCUUUUUUACCACUGUCUGAAAAGAAGAACUGAUGUAAUGAUGACAAUGUAAAACAUUUAAUUAAAUGCAAUAUCACAACA